GUAUUGGAUAUUGAAUCGCGGCCAGAUGAGUUUUGACCUUGUAAUUAAGUGAUCUCAUUAUGAUGGAAAUGGAUCUUUCGGUUCAAAAUAAGGUGAUCAAGCACUUAGAAGAAAUAGAAGAAGCUGGUGAAAUGAUAUUGGCUAAACAACAAGAAUGUAUAGUUUACGACAGGAAUCGACAAAAAUCACGUGAAGCUGUGCGCAAGCUAAUGCAAUUGGAUUCAGAGAAUAAACAGUGGGCGUGCCUAUCUGACCAGUUUUUUCUAUUCCCAUCUGUCGGAUUGAAGAAAGCGAUUGAGGAGGAUAUUAAAGUUUAUGAUUCUGAGAUCCGAAAGUUAAAGCAUCAGUUAAAGGAAGAUGUUAAUUGGUUACAUGAGCUCGAAAGUAAAGAAUCGCUCAAAGGAUUUGAUUUAUUUCCCCUAAACAAUCGAAAAUAGUUUGUUACGUAACAUGUGUACAAAUCAAAAUAGAAUUAUAUUCCUCCUUUCCAUUUUUCUGCAUCUCUAUAGCUUUGAGUUGUGAAACUAGCCUUUAUUGGUUCUAGGUAUCCGUACCAAGAUGACUGAUCCAUUGACAUUUGGCCACAGACGUUACAACCCACUAUUGGAUGAAUGGCUUAUUGUUUCUCCACAUAGAAUUCAACGUCCGUGGGAGGGACAAACGGAAUCUAACUGCCAGAAGCCCGAGGAUGUAAUUGAUAUUUCUGUCAAAUGUACCGAAAACCCAUUAUCACCCGGCUCCGUUCGUGCAAGUGGUGUAAUUACACCGAAUUAUCAAUCUGUGUACACGUUUCAUAAUGACUUUCCUGCUUUGGUUGAUGAAAGUCGCGGUUAUGAAAGUGGUAACUUCACAUCUGUUGAUGAGAACCCACUAUUUGCAUGUGCACCUGCUCAAGGUGAUUGUUUAGUUAUGUGCUUCCAUCCAGAUCCUAAUAAAACUUUAGCGCUAAUGGGACCGCAUGAAAUAUUAUCUGUCAUUAAUGAAUGGUGCCGUAUAACUGAGAAAUAUUUGACGAUGAAAAAAUUUCAAUGGCUGCAAAUUUUUGAGAAUCGAGGUGCAGCUGUUGGUUCGUCUAACACUCAUCCGCAUUGUCAGAUUUGGGUAUGUGGUUUUAUGCCUUCGCUAGUGUUAAGACUUGAUAAAAAUCAACAAAAUUAUGCCCUUCAUCAUAAUGGUAUACCUUUACUUAUGGAUUAUGCAAUACAGGAAGAAAUGAAUAUGAUUAAUUGUCCGUCUGAUUCGCGCAUAAUUAUCUGUUCAACUUAUUGGCUUGUUAUUAUACCGUGGUGGGCAUGUUGGCCAUUUGAAACAAUGAUUUUGCCGCGUAAACGCCAUAUUCUCUGGUUACAUGAGUUAACGAAAGAUGAGAAAUGCGACCUUAGCUCUGUGAUGAAGAAUUUACUUGUUCGUUAUGAUAAUCUAUUUCGUACGCGAUUCCCGUAUUCUAUGGGUUGGUAUCAAGCACCAAUAUUACACUCUGAAGAGGAAUCCUUGGAAGAUUUGAAAAACAAAUAUAAACAUUGGCAGUUGCAUGCCUUGUAUUUACCUCCCUUGUUGAGAUCAUCUACAGUGAAAAAGUUCAUGUCUGGUUUCGAACUAUUAGCAGAAACACAACGAGAUUUACUGCCAGAAACAGCUGCAAAGAUGCUUCGUGAAACUAGUACAAUUCACUAUACUGAGUGGACAUGAAGAAUAUAUUUCUUAGUCCGUAUAACAAUGUUAUGAUCAAGGUGCUUUUAAUUUGUUUUGUACUUUAUGAAUGUUUAUAGUGAUGCUACUUUUAAAAUUUUGAAGAGAAAUAUGUCAAUAUGUUUCGAAAGCAUAAAUUUGCCUCAAUAACUUAUGAUGCUUUGUUAACAAAAUUUAAUCUGUUUCCAACCACAAGCAAUGAUGUUCCCAUCGAAUUCCAUUCAUAGUUUCCCUAUUCACAGACUCGUUGGAGUAUAAUUUUUAUGUUUUAUUUUAUGUUGUGAUAUUGCCUGGCCUGCUUGGAUACAUAUAUGGCUGAUGCUGGUUCUGAUUUCUGGACUCAAGGGCAAGGCAGAACGAAGUUAGAGAAUCGUGAACCUAUAUAAUCUUAGUGUUGAAUCACUGUCGUUAGUACCGCAAUGA